AUGGCCCCCAACGGCAGCGUCGCCCAAGACAAAUCUAGACCCGUCUUCUCCGGGCCGGGCCAGCCUUUGGUCGAGUCGAAUGGCGCCUACGACUUUGAGCCUCUGUUUCCCUCAAGCAAGCCGUUCGUGGGCUCGGGCUCGAAGGAGAAACUUCACCUGCUUCUCCCCGCCACCAACGGCAACGUCAAUUUGUGCAAGACACUCCUCACGCUGGCCAUCCUCGGCUAUCCCAACCCGCACGUCGUCUCGUGGAAGACGCAGGACGGCGACGCCAAACUUCUCGGUGGAGGCUCUCACUUCGGCAAGAUCACGGGCGUCCUGGCCUACCUCAACGACGAGGACCGUCGACGGCAGCCGGGCUUCGACGACCAGCUCAUUCUCAUGAUCGACAGCUACGACAUCUGGUUCCAGCUUCCCGUCGAGGUCCUGAUGGCACGCUACCACGCCAUCCUCGCCGAAGACAACGCUCGAGUCGCCCACCGCAUGGGCCGCGCUUUCCAUCGGGAGGGAAUCCGUUCGCGCGUCGUCUUCGGUGCCGGGAAACGUUGCGGCCCCAAUCAGCUCCAUACCUUGGCCUGCUACCCCAUCCCCGACUCGCCCCUGCCCCACGACCUGUACGGCGGCAACACGGACACCAUCCUGGGCUACAAUGCCUUCAGCAGCUUUCGCACGCGCUACCUCAACUCGGGGUACAUCAUGGGGCCCGUCGGCGCCAUGAGGCCGCUCUUGGAAACGGCAAGCUCGAAGCUCGCCGAGUGCUGGAACCGGACCGACGCCGAGUGGGACAACGGCCAGCACACGUCGGACAACUGCUACAAGGGAAGCGACCAGAGCAUCUUUCACGAGAUGUGGGGCGCGCAGGAGUUUCACCGCGAGGUCAUGCGUCGCCAUCAUCGCACCUCGGCCGACGAUUGGCUCGACAGGCUGAAGCCCGGCCGGCCCGGUGCGAGACCUCCGCCGUCGCACAUCCAGAACAUCCCCGUCGACGAUUUCUUGGAACCGUCGUUUACCCAUCAGCGGAACGACAAGACGUACCUGCCCGGGAAGCCCUUUGAGCAUGGCAUCACCCUCGAUUACUGGUCCCUCCUGGGCCACCAGACCUCCAACGCAGAGUUCGACUAUCGCUACCUCCGCCACGAUGCGCCCCUCGGACCCCAGAUGGGCACCCUGAACAUGUGGAACUGCCGGCCAAAGGCUCGCAUGCCCGACGACUUGCCCGAGCAGACGCCGUUCGGUCCGUCGACCAACACGAGGUGGUCGUCCAUGCCGCUGUACACGGAGUUUUGCGUCGGCGCCGUCCCCGUCAUGAUCCAUCACAACUCGGUCGAUAAGUGGUGGCGCGAACACCAGUGGGAUAAAACUUGGUGGAACGGCACGGCACGUGCCCUCCUCGACGCCAGACGCUCCGAGGGGGCACCGCUUCUGGUCGAGGGGAUCCCCACGGACAAGGGGUUGACGCUGCAAUGGAACAAGCUGUGCCCGCGCGAGUAUGAAAAGGAGCUGUUUCGUGACGUGGACGAUCCUCCUCCUCCGCCUCCUUCUCCUCCACCUUUUCCUCCACCUUCUCCUCCCCCUUCUCCUCCUCCUCCUCCUUCUCCUCCUCCUCCUCCUUCUCCUCCUCCUCCUCCUCCCCCUCCUCCUUCUACUCCUCCUCCCCCUCCUCUUCCUGCUGCUGCUGCGCCUGCCGCCGCCGUUGCAUAG